AUGCGGUGGCGCGGUGGGCGAAAGGAGGACGGCAACAGCCUUCACCUGGCUUUCAGCCGUGCGGCUCGGACUCCAGAGGGCGGCGGUCUCGGGGUACGGAGGAUCUGGAGUCGGGUUUCUCCAGAUGUUCGUUCCCACACGAGUGUGCGCGAGGGCGUGGUCCCUGGGAACGGUGAGAGAGUGCGGAUGGGGAACUCAGGAGACCAAGUAGUGGCCACUGUGCUUCAGAUGAUCAGAGACUACAUGCAUGAAGACCUGUCUGUAGACUAUAUACAGAAGAAGUGGAAAGGCCCUGCUCUCAGUUAGAGAGCUCUGUGCCAGAACAUGAUGGCAGAAAAUUAUUGCAGCAUGGGCUCAUUGGCUGGUGAAAACAGGAUGGAGAGUUCUGAAUUCACUGUAAAGCAGGCCAUUGCUAAAGAAUCAGUGUCAUCUGAUAGGUCACCAAGGGGACGUUUUGGGAUGGCUUCUAUGGUAUCAGAAGUUAGAGACGUCUGUGGAGACACUUUGAGGAAACUGGAAGGGCAGCCCUCAGAUGAAGAGGGGAACAGACUGGAAAUCAAUUUCUUGGAAAUAACAGAUGAGGAUAAGAAAAACUCCACGAAAGACAGAUGUGAGGCUUAUAAGGAAGUAGGGGAGCAUCCAAAUCUGUCCCCCAGUUCUGAUGAACAUCACGGAGUCCCAAAGGGACAGAAAUUCUUUCAGUGUGAUGAAUGUGGCAAAGUAUUCAAUUGGAGUUCACACCUUAUUGGCCACCAGAGAAUCCACACUGGAGAGAAACCCUAUGAAUGUAAUGAGUGUGGUAAGACCUUCAGGCAGACCUCCCAGCUAAUUGUUCAUCUCAGGACCCACACUGGGGAAAAGCCCUAUGAAUGCAGUGAGUGUGGGAAGACCUAUCGGCACAGCUCCCAUCUCAUUCAACACCAGAGACUCCAUAAUGGGGAGAAACCCUAUAAAUGUAAUGAAUGUGGAAAAGCUUUUAAUCAGAGUUCUAAACUAUUUGAUCACCAGAGAACCCAUACUGGGGAGAAACCUUAUGAAUGCAAGGAAUGUGGUACAGCUUUUAGUCGGAGUAAAAAUCUCCUCCGACAUCAGGUCCUUCACACUGGUAAGAAACCUUACAAGUGUAAUGAGUGUGGGAAAGCCUUCUGUUCCAACAGAAGUCUUACUGACCAUCAGAGGAUCCACACUGGAGAGAAGCCUUAUGAAUGUAACGAAUGUGGCAAGGCCUUUAGUCGGAGUAAAUGUCUUAUUCGACACCAGAGCCUCCACACUGGGGAAAAACCAUACAAAUGUGGUGAAUGUGGGAAAGCCUUCAGUCAGAAUUCUCAACUCAUUGACCAUGAGCGAAUUCAUACUGGAGAAAAACCCUUUGAAUGUAGUGAGUGUGGUAAGGCUUUCAGUCUGAGUAAGUGCCUUAUUCGGCACCAGAGACUGCACACAGGUGAAAAGCCCUAUAAAUGCAAUGAGUGUGGAAAAUCCUUCAAUCAAAAUUCAUACCUCAUUAUACACCAGAGAAUCCACACUGGUGAGAAGCCCUAUGAAUGUCACGAGUGUGGGAAGGUGUUCAGUUACAGUUCCAGCCUUAUGGUACAUCAGAGAACCCAUACUGGGGAAAAGCCGUACAAAUGCAAUGAUUGUGGGAAAGCCUUUAGUGACAGUUCACAGCUUAUUGUGCACCAGAGAGUUCACACUGGAGAGAAACCUUAUGAAUGUGUUGAGUGUGGGAAAGCUUUUAGUCAGCGUUCCACUUUUAACCACCACCAGCGAACUCACACAGGAGAGAGAUCCUCAGGUCUGCCUCGGUCAACCUCAUAAGGCAUGGUUCUCUGAGACAGAGAACAAGGAACUUUGCAUGAAGCUUUCUUUGUAAGAAGGAUGUUCACCCUGGUCUCCUGUUGGAAUCAUUAUUCAAAGUAGACCAUUGCCUACUGCUUUACACUGGGUCACUAAGGUGGGAGAGUGGUAGUAACUUAGUGCAAUGCUUCCCUACAUUGGAAUAGUAAAGUCUAGGCAUUUAAUUUACUUGUAUAUUGGCUUUUUUCUUCCUUCCUUUUUCCUAUUUUAAAAUUUAUCUCAUUUGUUAAUAUGCA